UCGUAUAUUAUAGGAGGACAGAUAUCGUAAGUUGCAAGCAUAUGUAAACAAUGUGAAACCUAAUAGAAUCUGAAUUUUUCCUUUAGUUAUAACCAAAACAAAAAUAAAAGUAACAAAACUAGGGCAAAAAACAAUCACUCUUAAAUAAUUUGGACGUAUUGGUCUCCUGAGCAAUCAAUGGCAAUCCAACGAAAGUGUUUAUGAGAAAUGACGAAUUGUGUCGUUUUUGGUUGCUGUGGAAAAAGCAGUGCGGAUGACAACAUCCGCCUAUACAAGUUUCCCCAGGACAAAUUAACGAGAAUAAAAUGGCUAGAGAAUAUUGGCUUGCAACCAGAAGAAUUAAAAUCCAUGUCUAAAGUUUGCAGUCGGCAUUUUGAGAGUGGAUAUCUCGGUUUUAGACGUUUAAAACCUCGUGUGAUACCCACGUUGUGCCUUGGUCACGAGCAUAGAGCCCUUCAUCGCAAUACAGUUCCUUUCCAAUGGAAACGGAGGAAUUGCUGUAUUAAAAAUUGCAAUUCCGGCUACGAGCAGAGGUUUUUUAAAGUUCCACCAAAAGGAGAGGAAAGGAGAACCUGGUUGAGUUUAUGUAAACUAGAUAACAGUACCAAAAAAUAUUUGUAUAUAUGUGCUAAUCAUUUUAAUGAAAACGCCAUCGGCAAACGAAAACUGUUAAAAGGCGCAGUCCCUUCAAGAAAUUUAUUUCUCAAUGAUAGUCUAAUAGGUAAAACUGAAAAAGUGAAUGCUGAUACAAUCGGAGAGGAUACGGAGACCAAUGAAAACGAAUCUGUUACAAACUCCAGUUUAUCUGAACGAUUUAUAAAAGAUAAAUUGACAAUUUCGCGCGCUGUGUACAAAACAGAAGACUCGGAGGACUACACAAGCGAGGUAGAAGUGUGUCCAAAUGGCUGUCACCGUAAUUUUUUGCAGAAAGAAAGAAAACUAUUAGCAGAAAUAAUCCGUCAGAAUGAGGAAAUUAUUCAAUUGAAAGACAUAAUUUCCGUUCUAAAGCAGCGGUUUCAAAAUUUGGAAAAUUCGUCAUUCAUUGCUAACGCAAACACUAGCGAGGAGGCGAUCGCUUUUUCAAAAAUGAUAUGCGGUGGGCGAAAAAAGAAGUUCGGCAAAGAUGAAAAAAUACUUGCUCAGAAUAUCUUCUCUAUUUCGAGCAAAUGCUACAACUUUAUGAGGAGUACCUUAAAAUUUAAUUUACCUCACAAAUCGUCAGUUGAUAAUUGGUGCUCCGUAUUGCCCAAGAGCGCUGACAGCGAUGAUAUCAUCUUUGAACAGGUUUUCAUUCCCAAAGAUUCAGAUUAUGAACAAUCGAACAAUAACUUAGAUAAUUUUGUAUUCAAUCGCAAUAAAGAGAACGAGAUGGGUUCAGUUAUGAAAUACUGCAUAGUACAAGGCUGCAACGUGAAAUCGACCUCAGGUGACAAAGUAACCAUGUUUGACUUUCCUCCAGACAAACCAACGAGAUUAAAAUGGCUGGAAAAUAUCGGUGUGCAGGCCAAAGAUCUAAACACUGCGACUAGGGUGUGUAGUCGUCACUUUGAAACGAAAUACGCUGGUAAACGUUUGCGGAGGCGUGUAGUACCCACUUUACAUCUUGGUGAUUAUCAAAAAGCCGUUCACCAAAAUACCAUUUCGGCUUCAAUGAAGAAAAGAAGGUGCGCCAUUGACAAUUGCAGAUCCGAUGCGGAAAAUAGAUUCUUCAGAAUUCCAGCAGGAGGGGAGAAAAGGAAAACUUGGUUAAAUCUAUGUAAAUUAGAUGACAGAUUAAAACACAUGUUUUUGUGUUGGAAUCACUUUAACGAAAGCGAUAUUAAGACAAACAGGCUUGCAAAAGGAGCCGUUCCUUGCAAAAAUUUAUUUACUAAUGACGACGAUUCAGUUAAGCUGAAAAACGUCGGUGCUGGUAUAAAUAAAGAAGAAUCGGAAAAUAGUCAAAACUCUUUCACGGCCUCUGCUUUUAAUUCAUCUGAACAAACUUGGCGAGACGAGGAGAUUGAUGAAAAUUCAGUAAACUGUACUACGUACGAAAAAACAGAAAUUUUGGAAAGAAAGCAAAACGGGCCAGGAGUUUGUGCAACCAAUCGGGAUCGGGAGCGCGGACAAGAGGAAAAUAAAUGGUUAGCGGAAAUAGCGCUUAAAAAUCAGGAAAUCAUCCAAUUAAAGAGCACUAUUUCCGCGUUAAAAACCAAACUUCAAAAACUGGAAAAUUCGUCCUUUAUUAUUGAACCGGACACCAGCAAAGUAGCUUUCGCCUUUUCGAAAAUGAUAUGUGGUGCUAAAAGCAAAAAGUUUACCGAAGAACAAAAAAGACUGGCUCAGCAUUUUUUUUCUGUUUCGGCUAAAUGUUACAAUUUCAUGAGAGGCACCUUAGAAUUUACGUUACCUAACGAUUCAUCAUUUUGUCGCGCGGACUUAUCCCAUGAAGACGAUUACCAAUUUGCCUUUGAGCAAGUUUUCAUACCCAAGGGCUUCGGAUAUGAUCGAUCAAACAAUUUGCUCGACAGUUGUGAACGUGUGUGCAAUCCCCUCAAGGUCACCAAUUGUAACCCGUCUACAUAGGUAAACAUUGCUGUUUGUUGAGACGUAUGCAGCAGGAAGAAUAUGUGUUUCAAGCAUUUUUUUAGUUACUAUUAUAUUAAAAAAAAGUAAAUUGAGUGUUUUAAACAAAAUCUUAUAGGGUAUAAUUUUCUAAUCCGAUAGAUAAUUCUAAUUAAUAGGUUGAGAAUUUGAGAAAAAAUCAAACCCAAUAUUUGUCUUAGUACUUGAAACUACUAAUUUUUUACCCUUUUUAAAAUUGAAAAUACACUGUUUUUUUAAAUGUGAAAGUGAGAUUUGUUUAAAUACACAGUACUCAACAUAAGGCAGGGCUUUAUUUUCUCAAUCGGCUUAAACACAUCUGUCCGCCUGUCUGUCAGAUCUCUUCCCAUGUACGUUGUGCUCUAGUGGGCUCGAUUUUAAUGAAAAUAUAUCGCUCUGCAGCAAUAAACAUUCGUCACAUAUUUUAGUGAAAUUUGAUACACUGACAUGCUUUGUCCCCGUAUUUUGCUUUAUUGCAUCUUGCGGAACGCGGCUUUUCGGCCAUAUCGGAUAUGCUGAAUGUAAAAUCAAAGGAUAAUUAGGUUUUGUUUAAAGAAUCACAUUGUCUAGGCGCAAACAGCUAUAAAUCGAUACAAAAAAAAAAAAAGUGAAAUUCUGAGAAUAUAAUAUUAAGUAGGUAAUGUAAGGUCCUUUUAAAACACUUGUGUUGAAAGUCUUUAUCGGAAAAGAGAAAAUUUGCAAAUUUAAAGUUUCCUCACAAAAGUCUGUGAAAAAUAAUGUUCUGAUACACUAAAAGAAUGCGCAAAAUAUAAAUGAAAUGGAACCAACAUUUGAGUUCUCUCAUCUAUUAAUGCUCUUACAAGAGAUAAGCGUUUACAUAGAAAAACAAUCUAAAUUUUAAGGUUUUGUGACGAAAAGUUAAACAAAAUGGUAGUAGUUUGCCAAAUAAAUUUCCUACGGUUAGUUUGCAGCACAGGACAGCAGAGCACAGCACGUAUAUAUAUUUUUCAAACUUUUCUUCAUAUCAGGAUUCUUAUCAAAAUUAGACUUUUAUAUGGGAACACAAUUUGUAAGCUUCGAUUUUUAACAACGAGGGCAUGUGAAGAAUUAUAUUAGGUGAAGUGACUUAUGAUAUUUUAGGCUCGACCUAAUUCGACGAUGUGGGUUCUGUCGACUUUCUUCUAACAUUCCCAGCGAUAAAACCACGUAGUGAACGAACGAG